AUGUCAUCUGUGGACUUCAAAUCUGACUCCUCACAACCAGCUGAGCAGGCUCUCCAAGAACCAGAACAUAAUGAGAUGUGCCUUGACGCAAGCAGCAGCGACCGAGUAGACCAGGCAACAUCUCCCGAGAUUGCAGAAGAGCUCGAAUCGCCCAACAGGAAUGAUGCAGUAUUAGACUCGCAGCAACAGAGCCGACCUGUAGACGUCCAACAUGACAUCGAUGAGACACCGCAUGCCUCGGACCAGGAAGACGAUGACGGUGAUAUCUCCCUUGUAGCAUCGCCAAGAUCCAAGAACGAGGCUUCGUCGUUGCCAUCCUCCCAUCGCCGUAUCGACUCAGUUCCGCCGCAGAAGUAUGCUCUUACCGCCCAUGCCUCGUCUGGCUUGACUGCCACCCUCGCCACGACCUCACUGCAGUCCACGAUCGAGGAGGAAGAAGUGGACAUCUCACUUCCUCAUCAUGACGGUGAACUUCGAUCCGAACUGAGCCCUGCCACUCCAACGCCCUUCCAUUCCUUCGGGAUGCACUUCCCGCCCCCACAACCGCAGAAUGAGCUAGAGAUCCUCACUCCGACUACGCUUGACAAAGCCGACCUCAGUUUUGUCGACAUCACCUUGGACGCCCCCUCAGAGCAUGUCUCUCUGGACAGUAGUAAUCUAGAUCCAUCAAAUCCCCUGGCUGGAUCGAGCAGGACUGCCGAACAGAUCCGUGGCGAUAGCGUCUCUAGUCAGAAGAUCUCGAAGCAGAGCUCCACAGCAGCCACGCCAUCCGCAGAGCCUUCGCCUAGCAACACCGGCUCGUCUCAGGCAUUGAGCCCACCCCACAGCCCAGAUCAUGGCGAGUCAUUGUCGACAGAAGAUGCAGAUCCAAGGAAAAGUGUCGAGGGACGAUACAGAGGGCGAAGGAGCGCCGCCUCAAGCAGAGCUGCAAGUCCUUCGCGAUCCCCCAGCCCAGGACCCUCAUGUCGCGCUUCCUUUGCCCAAUCAAAAGAACCUGCCUCUACACAGCCUACAGCCUCUGCGUCUUCUCAGACAGCACUGUCGGUGAAUCCGGCACCUGUCUUGCUAGCAGCUGACGAACAUGGCAACAUCAGUGUUGUGUCGAAUGUUCCCGUCAGUCCGAGGACCAUGUCGCAUCCGCUACCACAAGGGGACGCCGCAGCAAGAAGCGAAACUUGGCAGCCUGCGGACGCUCAGCACAACGAGUCGGCGACAGAACAGCAAAGCAAGUCUGCCCAGAAUGGACGUGCUGGAACAUCGUUAUCUGACGAGGUGGAAGCCACCGAAGCCGCCCAGUCAAGCAAAGCACGAGAAUCCACGGAAGACGAGGCAGCAGACUCGUCGCUCUCCGUGCCAGCUACUAAUGGUGAAGCGACUGGCACGAGCACUUCGCCAGGUCUGUCUGACAAAGCUGACCAAGUUGACGGCAAAGCGCGUCGCAAGUCGUCCUUUGCCAGCGCCUCAGGAAACGAUCCCGUCGAGUCGCGGACCCGCAUGACGACGCUGCCUGCAAAGCCAAAGACGGAAGAGAUCAAGCACAGGGCUGACUUUGAACGCAUGAUGAUGGCCGCAAAGGAGGUAGAACGUAAGAAGCGCGAAGAGGAGGAAGAGCGUAAACGACGACGUCAAGAUGAACAGAGGCAAGCACUGGGGCGAUGGGAGAAAGAGAUCCUGCCGUCGUGGUCGCGAGCACGCAAGGAUCCAGAACUGCGUCAACUGUGGUGGAAAGGAGCUCCUCCGAGCAUUCGAGGAAGAGUCUGGGCGCUGGCGAUCGGCAACCCUCUGAUGCUGCCGCGCAACUUGCUUGAGCAGUCAGAGAAGAAGGCGGCUGGCAGUGACAAUAGGUUGAUCGAAGAGAUCAUCCCACCUCGUGUCCUUUAUCAAAUUGACCAAGACGUCCAAGACACUUUGCCAAGUCUGAAGUUCUUCCAAGCCAAUGGGCCGCUGCAUGAUGACCUGGUCCACAUUUGCCGAGCAUUUGUUUUAGUGCGCAUGGAGCAAGUGGCGGAGCUCGAUGGGGCCGGCGAUGCCGACAAGGCUGCUAGCCGUCAUCAGAACGCAAGCCCAGCAACACGCAAAGCAGACCUGUCAUCCAUCUCGGGCGAGGAUGUUACAGGAGAGCAACCAGAAUUUGUAGACGAAUACGAAAGACGAGGAAUCGACAUCUAUCAGCCCGGUCUUGCCAGUCUCGCCGGCGUGUUGCUGAUCAACAUGUCGAUCAACACUGCAUUCAUCGCGCUACUCAACCUGCUUCACUCCAAACCAUGGCUCAAAGCACUUUACUCGCUGUUGCCCACUACUCUGCCACCAAGUGUUGCAGCAACUACCGCCAAGCCCAGUCUCACCAGCGCCACACGCAAAGCAGGCUCCGCUUACACCCUCCCGCCUAAAGAAAAGAGCAUCCGGGGCUUCGAGCGUGUCCUUGAGACACUGCUUGCCGAUCAGAUGCCAAAAGUGUAUGCGAAUCUUCUGGCGCGGAAUGUCAAGCUCUACUGCGUUGUGCUACGCGACUGGGUCUCGACCCUCUGGACGCGGUGGUUGGACGUAGACACAGUGAUGCGACUCUGGGAUGUUGUCCUGCUGGACGAGACGGAUUCGAUGAUCUACAGGGUCUGCUUAGCUUUAGUACAAACGCUUGAGUCUCGGCUGUACGUGCCAGAUCAAGCGGAGCUAGAAUCGGCGCUGAAAGGCACCAACAAAGCAGCACUAUCCAUCUGGAGAAGAGACAAAGAAGCAUCGGGAGAAUUAGAAGUGCACGCUCAACGACCACUGAUGGCUCCUCUUCAUAGCCGAUCCUCCAUUUCUUCCAGAAGUACUAAGCAAACUCCUGAAGCUACGCCUGCAGACUAUCCUUCUUCGCCACCACCAGCUUCGGGUCCAUCAGCCACACCGCCCCAACGCACAACUUCACUACCCAAGACCACCAGCGCCGACAACUUUGGAAACCAUCCACACGUGGAUGAUUCGAUUGCAUACCAAGAGAUUGUGCCGAGAGACUACAUCUACGAGCAAUACGGCAUAAAAGAAGAGCAGGUGUUUGAAACAUUGGAGGCUCAGCAAAGUUGGUGGAAGCAAUCUACACUUCAGAGGCUGUUGGAUCGCGAAUUGAGCGAGUAG